CGCUAGGAGAUUGCAAUCUAAUUACAAUCUUUAAAUGUCUGCUUUGGAGAAUUUGAUGCUGUCUACGAAGCCAUCAUUAAAAACUCCACUCACCCCACGAACACCAAAGACUCCAAAAAAGCAUCACAACAAACGUGAGCUAGAUAACAUACCUCCGCAAAAAUUCAAAGUGGGAUAUCAAAAGGUUACACUGGAUGUUGAUUUGGAGCAAAACAGUAUUGCAGGUGAAACAGAAAUAACAGUAUUACCUCUAGACUCUUCUUUGAAGACUCUAAAACUAGAUUGCAGAGGCAUCCAAAUAAAGUCUAUUAUUGUCAACCAAAGGCGUGCACAUUACAGCUACGAUGAUUUCCUACAGAAUCAAGAAUAUAUGAACGAUAUAGAUAACCCAGUUUUGUCAGACUAUCAAUAUGACCGGUAUUUUGACUCCAAUAGCGAAAGUAUAACCGUGAACCAACAUGCGAUGUUAAGAUCUAAGUUCUAUCCUCUAUUUUCUGAUCAAAAUGAUACAGAGGAUCCGGCGUCCUCAUUUAGUGAAUGCACUUCCGAGCUUACUAUAAGAGUUCCCGAGAGUAUUAAAUUGAGGUUACAAGACUCAUCUAAAAUAUCAUUUUCUCCUAUAGGGACCAAUAGGUCGAUGAACGACACUCCAAACACCUCUAAUACAAUAUUUAAUUCAGAUAAAGUUUACACUCCGCUAAACAUCAGAAUAAUUUACACAGUCAAAAAUUUGAAAAAUGGAAUACUUUUCAACGGUGGAGUACACACCAAUAUUCCUAAAAAUUUAUGGUAUUGCCAUACUUUUAACAAUGAUGUUGGAUGUAGUGCGAGCUCAUGGGUGCCAUGCAUUGACAACUUUCUGGAAAAACCCGCUUGGGAUAUUAACAUUGUUGUCCCAAAAACAAUCGGGAAUAUUGGCCAAUCUAUAAUAAUUGGUACCAAAAAGGCUGAAGAGGCUUUCAGAAAAUCUGCCUUGCAACAAGUGGGAUCAGAGGGCACUAAUGCGAAGGAUACUAAAGUAGUUGAGGAUGAAGAUUUAGAAGAAAUUGAGAAUAGUAUGGACAGCGUUCCGUUAACGGUGGUAGUUCCAGAUUUGGUUAGUUUUAGAGAGUCACCACAUCCUAUUGAUGUUGCAAAAAAAGUGGUUAACUUUCAGUUUUAUAAUCCCGUUUGCGCCCACCAUCUAGGAUUUGCCAUUGGUUGUUUUGAGAAAAUUUCUAUGGUGGAUCUUAAACCAGGAACAGAGGAAUUAAUAAUCAAUCAGAAUUCAUCGGUGGAAGGUUCCGAGGAAGUUACUAUGCAAUUCAAUGUGGAUACAGCGAAUACAAAUAAAGUUCCUACAAUGCUUUAUUUUUUGCCAGGAAAAAGAGAAGAGGUGAUCAAUACCACGAUUUUUUUAUACAAAGCAUUGGAAUUCUAUUCCAAAGAAUUCAGCUCUUUUCCGUUCACUAGUUAUACACUAUUAUUCAUUGAAGAUUUACCCUCGGAUUUAUGCACUUUUGCAGGAAUGUCAAUUGCAAGCUCUCGACUUUUGUACAACUCUCAGCUCGUUGAACCUAUGUUUAGAACUACCGAGAUAUUAUCAAUUGCCCUGGCAGAACAAUAUUCUGGAGUCAACGUGUUACCCAAAACUUUGAAUGAUAUUUGGUGUGUUUCAGGCAUUGCUCGUUAUAUGAGUAAUCAAUUUUUAAAAAAACUAUUUGGAGUCAACUACUCUAACUUCACGUUUCAAAAAAGAUGUGAGCUACUAUGUGAAUUGGAUCUAGGAAAGAGACCACUUGCCAAUCAAGUGUUUCGAUUCCCUAUCAAUAGUGAUCAGGAUAUGGAUUUCAUCAAUUUGAAGGCUCCCCUAGUGCUGAUGAUUUUAGAUAGGCGGAUCACAAAAACGGAUAAGCUAUUUGGUCUCUCAAGAGUUAUACCCAAAAUAUUUCUUCAAGCAAUGUCUAAUGACUUGAUCAAUGGAAACAAUUUGUCGACUGCUCAUUUCCAAAGAGUCUGCGAAAAAGUUGCACAUCAUAGACUAGAAUCAUUUUUUCAAAAUUGGGUUCACAAAAGCGGAGUGCCAACAUUCAGGAUCACGCAGAAGUUCAACAAAAAGCGUCUUUUUAUUGAAAUGUCAAUUCGACAAAUGCAAAGGUCAAGUUUGAAUAAGGAUGAUUCAGAUUACGAUGAAGACAACAACGAGCUUGUUUCGGAGGAAAGAAACAAAAAUUUCGUAGAAGCAGCAAAUACCUUCAUGACAGAAGAUCAUCAUUUUGAUGCUCAGCCAGUCUUUACGGGCCCGGUAACUGUUCGGAUUCAUGAGGCUGAUGGUUCGCCUUAUGAGCAUAUCUUGGCCAUUUCGGACCCCUUGACCAAGCUGGACAUUCAGUAUAAUACAAAAUAUAGAAGAAGAAAGAAAGAAAAGAGAGAGGGAACCGAAGACGUUGAUGAAAAAGAUAAACUUGGUGAAAAGGAGAAAGAAACUAAAAAGAAGGAAAAGAUUGAAGAGCGCAAAAUAAACAUGUUAGGAAAUGUCCUUACCUCUUCCGAGGAGAUUGACAACUGGGAUCUAAAAGAAGACCAAGCUGCAAACAUUGACCCUGAGGCUGACCCAAAUGAUCAAAACAUUGAAGAUGAAAAAGAUGAAGCGUUUGAAUGGUUGAGGUUUGAUGCCGAUAAUGAGUGGAUUUGCAAAUAUACUCUCAAUCUCACCGAUGACAAAUUUGAAUCUCAGCUAAAGCAAGAUAGGGAUGUUAAAGCACAGUUUGAGAGUAUCAGAUAUUUUGGCAGUAUCGUGAGGCCUACCAUGUCUCACGCUAGAAUUCUAUUGCGAACUCUCGUUGAUGCUAGAUAUUUUUAUGGUGUGCGUGAAGAGGCUUCUAGAGCGCUAGCAAAGAUUUCGAAUGAGGAAAAUGAUCACAUAGGUAUGCGAUUUUUGCUAAAGACUUACAAGUACCUUUAUUGCUAUGAUAGUGAAAUUAGAAAGGGUUAUGAUGAGCUUGACCCAAAGGAAUAUCUACCAAAACCAAAUGAUUUCACGAACUUUUCCGAUCUUUUUGUGAUGAAGGCUAUCAUUGAAUCAUUAUCCAACGUCAGAAAUAAAGAUGGAGAUGCCCCUAUUGAAUUGAAAAGGAUUAUCUUGCAUAUACUUAAAUACAAUGAUAAUAACAACAACAAGUUUGAUGAUACAUUUUUAUACUCAACAAUUAUUAAAGCACUUUGCAAUUUGAUACUUAUCUCCAAGAGGGAGAUAUCGGAUUUGAAUGCAGACUAUACUAAAAAAGAGUUGAAUUCUAAUACUGUUCGUGAUGUUAAAGAUGAGUUCAUAUAUGCCGCAAUAAAAGAGCUGAAUCGUUGCUUGAAAAUGGAUGAGUGGUCCCCAUCCUACAGAAAUAUUGUGACAAAAGUUGUUUUAGAACAAAAAAUAAGGUUUGUUAGGGUUGGCUUAGCAAGGAUGACCUUUAUGGAUUUACUCAAUUACACGACCCCUAAGUACAAUGAUGAUAUCAGAUUUGUUGCUUUCGAAGGCUUGCUUCUUAUUGGUGGACUCCGUAAUAGCAGUAUUUUAAGCUAUUACUUCACCACUAUGAAACUAGAUGAAUCUUUGUACUUAAGGUACCAACUAAACAAGGGUUUGGUGACAAGUAUAGGAAUUGCAGCAUACUCAGGAAUCCCAUCUUUACUAGAUGAUGAUGAGUUUCUAAAGUCGGUAAGUGUAUUACAAUCAGGUGACCAGUCACAGGAAAGUUUUGGGAGUCGUAUCAUCCAAAUUGAAGAUUCAGCAUCAGCUAAAUUGUCCAUGCGGUCACGGAAGGACGAAUUGGCAAGGCGUACUAUACAAGGAUCGGUAGAUGUGCUACGUAGAGAUUUGGGCAUGGGUCAGGGCUUAAAGUACGAAUUAUGGGAAGCUCUUCACUCUUGUUUAAUUCCUAUUAACACGAGAAGGAACAUUUUUGACAUUAUGAUGGUGCUUUACGAGCCUACCAAUUCCUUCAUGAUCACCACAAGUCUCCCAACUGACAAACAGAUUAUUGUGAGAGUUAAAAGUAAGGUUAGCGAAGCAGCAAAUCGAAAUGGCGAAUCAUUUGUUGUUUCUUUGAAAAGGGAGGCUCGUUUCAAAAUUCAACUACCUGUUUUGAAAUUGAAGGUCAGUGACGAAAAAGCCAACAAUAAGCAUAAGGUUGCUAUUAGUGAUGUGAACUCAGCUCCCAGUCCUGUUAAAAAGCCGAGGAAAAAGAAACACGAAAUGCCAAUGAAUCUUGUUGAAGUGAGGAAAACAGCAUCUAAAUUUGAUGUCAAGAUCAGGUUUUCUAAAAAGGACUUCAUGAGCAACUCCAAAGAAAGAAAUAAAUUCAUACGUCAUGAUCCUUUGUUACCUUUACGAUUUGUACGAUUUAACCUUCGUACCAAAGAAGUGACAGUCUCAACGGAUGAAAAUUUCGAGAAUUUUGUUUCGAUUCCAUCACUCAUGAUUACAUUAAAAAUAAGCCCUCAGAAGUGGAAAUUGUUGCUCAGCGAUUCUUCUGACUCUAAUAUUGAUGAGCAGCAAUUGUUUCCUGUCAAAACUGAAAGCACAAUGAACCCUGCUACAUCCAUGGUAUCUCAUAAAGCUCACCAAGCUUCUCUCAAUGAGCUUGAAGCAACUGUUUCAAUGAAAACAGAAGACAUUGAUAAAGAGCGAGUCUUAGAACAGGAUCCAGAAGUACAACACGAUAUCAGCGAUGAAGGCGAGGAAAGCCUCCAAAAAAGUAGAGGGCAUAGUGAACAGAUUUUUGACGGCUCUGAGGUAAGUGUCACAGAAAACAAACCUCUAAGUUGGGGUUCAGAAUCGAAAAGUAUUAUUAAAAAGCUUAGUCCAGUGAGACGUGACCCUGACAGUUCUCUAUCCCCAUCAGCCAUGUCACAUACACUUGGCAGGUCAAAUUCAAGAUCGCAAAGCCCAGAAAUUACAGAAAAACCCAAGGAGAAAAAGAAAUCUGGCCCAAAAAUUAAACUAAGGCUCAAAUAGUUUAUAGGUUUUGAAUUUGUAUUGUAUAUUAAGUGUAAAAUUAUUGCAAGUCUCUAAAACAUAUACUCGUUAUAUAGGUGUUGAAGAAUUUUUAGGCAAAGAAAACUCGUUGUCUUUAGGCGGUAAAGGUGGUAACGGAGGUACAGGUUU